AUGAGGGGUGACGAGGAGGAAACCCCACAACAUCAGAAUGAGCGAUUCCAGGAGGAGACGCAUGAUGAAAUGAUGGACUGCAGCUGUGGUCGGCAGAAGAUCAUCUCGGGAGUCCUGAAGCCUACGGUUAUUGUCAAGAUCGGGAUUGUGAUUAUCUUGGCUGUCAUUGAUUCUGGCUGUGCCCAGACUAUGCUGAAAGCUGGCCUGCUUGUUUCAGAAAAGAAAAUAGAUAAAAACCUGUUGCCUCCCAAGAAAAUUAUUGGGAAAAAUUCUAAAACCUUGGUGGAAAAAAGACAGAAGGAAUUAGAAAUUUACCUGCAAACACUUCUGAUCAAGUUCCCUAUGGCUGCACCCAAAGUAUUAUCAUGCUUCUUACAUUUUCAUCUAUAUGAAAUCAACGGGAUCACAGCUGGAUUGGCUGAAGAGCUCUUUCACAGAGGAGAACAAUUGUUAAUGGCUGGGGAAGUCUUCAGCAUUAGACCAUUGCAGUUAUAUGCUAUCACGCAACAGCUGAGACAGGGGAAACCUACGUGUGCUAAUGGAGAUGCCAAAACAGAUCUAGGUCAUGUCCUAGAUUUCACAUGUAGGCUAAAAUAUUUAAAGGUGACUGGCACAGAGGGACCUUUUGGGAACAGCAACAUUCAUGAUAGUUUGUUACCUUUUGAUCUUUCAAUUUUUAAAUCUCUUCAUCAAAUAGAGAUAAGUCACUGUGGUGCAAAGCUUAUUAAAGGGCUGACUUCAUCAAAGCACACUCUAGCCACCAUGAGCGUUCGAUUUUCAGCAACAUCAAUGAAAGAAAUCCUAGUGCCUGAAGCUUCUGAAUUUGACCAUUGGGAGCCAGAGGGUGCACUUUCAAGUGGUCCAGUAACAGCCAUUAUUCCAACUUGGAGGUCUUUAACAACUUUAGAUAUGAGUCACAAUGGUAUCUCUCAGAUCGAUGAUUCAGUGAAACUAAUUCCGAAGAUUGAAUUUUUAGAUCUGAGUCACAAUGGUGUGUCACUGGUAGAAAAUUUACAGCAUCUCUACAACCUUGUUCAUCUGGACCUGUCCUACAACAAGCUUAUAUCAUUAGAAGGUGUUCAUAUAAAACUUGGAAACAUCAAAACUUUGAAUUUAGCAGGAAACCUCCUGGAAAGUCUAUGUGGUCUUAACAAACUAUACUCUCUCGUCAACUUGGAUCUUAGUAACAACAAAAUAGAACAGAUUGAUGAAAUAAGGAAUAUAGGAAGCCUUCCAUGCCUAGAGAAGGUGGUAUUAUCCAACAAUCCUUUGAGCAUCAUUCCUGAUUACAGGACCAAAGUACUAGCUCAGUUUGGGGACAGAGCCUCAGAGGUCUGUUUGGAUAAUGUUGUUACCACAGAAAAAGAACUUGAUACUGUAGAGGUGCUGAAAGCUAUACAAAAAGCAAAGGAGGCCAAAUACAAACUGAACAAUUCUGACAAAAAGAUCAGUGAGGACCACAGGCACAUUGCUGCCAGCUCCAAAACAAACUGUACUUCUUUUACUGUUCAUCCUUCCUCUCCUUCUCUGCCUCAUCCUGUCAACUCCAGCCAAGAAAUAACUUUCAGAGAAACAGCCCUAGCCAGCAGCUUGUUGCAGUCCAGUAGUUUGACUCCACCAGAACAUACAGUUCCCCAGAGAUGCUUUGAAAUACCAGACUCUAGAUUUAGAAGUCAGGCACCUACUUCUCUCUUGGACUCAUCCAAAGAAUAUGGAAAAGAUCAUCACAUGUGCUUUUGCAAGCCUCAUUUGACCCUGUCAUCUGUAUAUCCAUCUGAAUUCUUGAUGCAGAAAAUUACAGAAGAUAACCAAAUUCCAGUUUACCUUUCAGUCCCUCUGUCUCUUCAGUAUGUGGCUGGGCUAAAGGGAAGUGCUAUUAUAGAAUGUUUCCAUAACAGCAUUGCUGAGGUGGAAAAUGAAGAGCUGAGGCAUCUUGUGUGGUCUUCUGUUUUAUUUUAUAAGACUCCUGACAUAGAAGUGACAGCUUGUGUGCUGCUCUCAACAAAAGCAAUUUACUUCCUGUUGGAUGAUUCUGUAAUUCAUGCUAGUGAGCAACAGUUGGGCUUUUGGAACCAAAAAAACUCAGAUUAUGAAAAUAGCUCUUUUCACCUCUCAUGUUGCUUGGUACUAAAACUUAAUGAUCUGCAAUCAGUAAAUGUUGGACUUUUUGAUCAGUACUUCAGGAUUACUGGACAUUCUGCCAAUCAUAUAGUAACCUGCCUGACUAGAGACAGCUACAGUACUCAUUCUUUUAUACAGCAGCUUAUGGCAGUGCUAUCAUUGCUGGCACGCACACCUUCACCAGAACCAGUAGAUAAGGACUUUUACUCUGAAUUUGGAAAUAAAAGUACAGGAAAAAUGGAGAAUUAUGAACUGAUUCAUUCUAGCAAAGUAAAGUUUGUUUAUCCCAAUGAAGAGGAGAUCGGAGACCUUGCUUUUCUGGUGGGAGAGAAGAUGGACAGUUUGGCUAGUCUCCAGUCUCUAGAUAUUCUACUGUAUGUCCUGGCAUUUCAAGUGAACCAUAAUGAAGUAAUUGCUGAAGUCAGUAGUUUACGUCAUCCUAAAACUCUUAUUUUAACUAGCUCAGAUUUGUUCCUCUUCAAUGAGGAUUAUAUCAGUUACCCACUACCUGAAUUUGCUAAGGAACCACCAAAGAGAGACAAAUAUCAGCUUACAGAUGGAAGACGAAUCCGGGAUUUAGAUAGGGUACUUAUGGGCUAUCAGACAUAUCCACAGGCCCUCACCUUUGUGUUUGAUGAUGUUCAGAACCAAGAUUUAAUGCAGAACCUAACGUUGGAUCACUUUGGGGAUGCUUUCAGUGCCCCAGAGGGCUACACUAAACAUGAAAGCAGUGGAAAUCUAGAAAUCCAAUGGUGCAUCUUCAUUCCAAGUGCAGAAAGCCGUGAAAAACUAAUUUCACUCCUUGCAAGACAGUGGGAGAUCUUGUGUGGCAGGGAAUUACCUUUGGAACUUACUGGGUAAUUCAUAAAGCUAAGUGACCUGGAUGUGGAUUCUGGAGUAAAUCACAGUAUUGGAGUAGGUAGAGGUAUGUGGCAUUUUCUCAGUGUAAAGAGCUAAACUGGAUUCCAUGGUUCUUGUGUGUAGUAAACAACUAGUACAGUAAAAACUUUUAUGUUAGCUGGGAAUUGAACUUUUUGUAAGAUCUAUUUUCAUGUAAUAGUAUAUGGAAAUAAUUUUCUUGAGGCAUCUUGGGAAACUGUAUAGGAAAAAAAGGAGUCAACAAUAGAUCUGCUGUUGUCUAGGGCUGUUGAUAUUUUCCCUUUUUUCUGUAUAUAUAAUUUUUGCUGUUAUACAAAUUAUAUUGUGUAAAUAAUAGUAAAUCCUUGUGUAUGUUGAAGUGCAAUGUUUAUUUGUACAGGAUAUAUUUUAUUGGGUAUGCUGCUAAAACAUUUAAUGACCUUUAAAAUGCUUCUAAUUUGUGGGGGUCAAAUUUGUUUGCUGCUAAUCGAUCUAGUAGCAAAAUUGAUUUUAAACAAUAGGCAAACAAAGUCUUUCCAUCUGAAAUCAUAAUUUCCAUGGACACAUUUUUUACAGCUGCGUAAAAUGUGAAAAAUCCUUGAAGAAAUCAGUUUAUCAUCAUGAAAAUGAAGUGUCCAGCAUGGUUAUACUAGCAUUUUGUCAACAAAUAAUGGUAAAAAUGUACAUCUGAACACCAUGUUGUUUGUUGCCUAUUUUCUCAAUAUAAGUAAAGUGUAAUUUGACAGGUU